AUGCAGGCAUGCUGGAAGUGCGGCAAGAAUGGACACUGGGCGGCACAAUGCCCGACUGGACCUAAAUGCUACGCGUGUAAUCAGUAUGGGCAAAUGGUCAAGGACUGUACAGACGCUGACGCGAAGGCCAAGAACGAACUGAACCUGCGAAAGCGAAAGACCGAAGUCAAGGUGUCGGGAACGCAAAAACCGGCGCAUGUUGGAACUCGUGGUGUUAAAGACGAUAAGGACGAGAGCUCAAGGAAUGAUGAUGAACACCGACACGACAAGACAUGCAUGGUCGAGUCAGCGGAGAUGAUGCAAGACGAAGUGAAGGACAGAACGUCAGUUGAGUACGACUCAGAGCCGCAGAACCUGGAGUUGGAUGAAGACCAAGGACCGGGAGACGCAGCCGGAAGAAAAGACACGGAAGGCGUGACGAAGCAGACGACUAGUGACGCGAACUUGUUGGAUGAAUUGUGGCAGUGCCUGACUACCGAAGCGGCCAAGAAGGAUGGUGAGCGCGCAGCUCGCUAUGUGGCAACAGUGCGGCCGGCAAUGGCGGUGGGGACCGGUGUGACGCCGGAGAAUGUGGAAUGUGGCGCCAGUGGUGACGGCGACGUGACCAAGGAAGCAAUGACGAACGGUAGUGACGAUGGCGUAAGCCAAGACAUUGCCCGAGUGCGAAUGGUCAGGAAGCCGGAGUACAACCAAAAGAAACGUCAAAGAGUGAAGCGUGCACUGGAGAAACGAGGCGCCGCUGAACAGGAAGCAGCACGGCAACAAACCAACGAAACUGAGCAACGACGAGAUCGCCAACGACAAGUCAAAGACGCCAUUAGACGACUCGAAGAACGUCGACAAGGACAGAAUGAGGUUGGGUUACAAGACGACGGCGGACGAGCCAGAGUCAGCCUCGUACAACGACGACAAGUAGGAGUCGAAGCUGAAGUUCCCGACGUAGCAGCUAACGACGGACUACCUACAGCGAAGCCAGGUUCACUAUCGCGGGUACUGGAUGGGUCAAAUACGGAGACAGAGUAUCGUGCUCCGCACCUGUGGAUUAUGUUGAAGGAAUUGGAGGGGUUCCUCCUAGAUGUCCUAAGCGUGUGGCGUUUUCAAAUGGAGAACGUGUUUGGCGAUAUGAUGUGUGUAGAUGCAUGUGUCGUCAAGGGCUGUGAUGAUGAUUUUCUAGUAGGCGUGGAUUUCAUGAACGAUCACGGUGCUGUGAUGGAUUUUCGCACCAACGAGCUCAAGUACAUGGAGGAAGGACGAUCGGUGGUAAUCCCGUUCAACACUAAAGACGUAGUGAAAGGUGUGAGGAUUGCAGCAGUGCGCAUGGCACGGAAGACACAAAUUCGUGGAAGUACAGUGACGCCUAUUGAGAUUGCGGUGACGGCAGAGGAUGGAGAAAAGGGCAUCUUCGUACCGACGAGUCAAGCUUCCUUCCAAGAAAGAGUUAGGAACAUGGAUUCCUCUUGA